AUGGCGGUGACGGCGACGACGGCCGCGGCCGCGGCCACCAUGCUGGCGGCGGUGAUGGCCAUCUUCCUCUCCUUCGUGCUCUGCUUCUACAUAUUCCUCUGCGCCAAGAGGUCCCGGGGAGGGGCGCCGCCGCCGCCGGGGAGCGGCGUGAUGGCGCACCUGCGCUUCCUGUUCUGCGGCGGGGACGGGAGGGCCGGGGCGGGGGACGGCGUCGCCCCCUGGUUCUACGACGGGGGCCUCGACGACGCGUCCAUGGCGUCGCUGCCCCGCCGGGAGGUGGCCAAGGGCGAGGCCAUGGACUGCGCGGUCUGCAUCACGGAGCUCGCCGCCGGGGAGACGGCGCGCGUGCUGCCCCGCUGCGGCCACGGCUUCCACGUCGACUGCGUCGACAUGUGGCUCAAGUCGCACUCCACCUGCCCGCUCUGCCGCUGCCCCGCCGUCGACGCGCCGCCGCUGCCGCCCGCGCCCGUCCAGGCGCCCGAGGCCGACCAGGAGUCGCCCAACUUCCCCACCAACGUGCUCUUCUUCGGCUCCCAGGACGACGUCAGCACCGGCCGCGCGCAGCCGCAGCAGGCUCCCGCCACAACGACACCUCAAUCAGCGCCUACUCCGUCGCAAGCGCAAGCGCCGGCCGCCGGGGCGUGCGGGCUGCGGCGGCUACUCGGGUGUGGCGGCGCGUCGCCGCCCCCAGCGCCUCAGGAAGAAGACGCUGCCAGAGACAUAGAGAUGGGGCUCGCCGGCGUUGGCGAGAGCAGCGCGUCGUCGCGGCAGACGAAGCCGCCGCAGCAGCCGGCGGGCUCAUGCUGA